CAACUCUGCUGCUCCCACCGACACGAUUUAUACAUCAGAAGAAAUGGAGGUAGAAUGGCAGUUCAAGCCGAUAUGAUAGCCGCAACGAGCAUCAGUUGUUGACGUGUGAAGAUGACAGGCAGAUGCACUUUUGGAACCUCCGAUUCCGAAUUUAUUUACUUCCUGCGCCGGCUUGCGAAAGGCAUGUACGUGCAGGUUGAGAUGCGUAGAACGACUAUAAAAUGCUACAUGUAGGCAGCAGGAGGUAACGGGAUACAACGGGGUGCGUUCGUUUGCUGUGAGAAUCGCUCCAGUGUACACAGAAGAAAAGUUAGUUUAUAGUCCGUACCCACUUGUUUGAAAUUGUCUGCAUUUGGCUCAGGUCGCCUGGCCAGGCGCUUCUCUAGCCGUCUCAGUGCUUCCGGGUGAGGUCACCUCGACUUUUUUUGAAAGUGCGGGGAGGAAAGCGUUGUAAACAGAGGCGAAACGUUGCCUUCCGUAUUCUCACUCGUUCCAGCCACAUGUGUGUCCGUUUUUCGCUCGAAAAUUCCCCUUUCUGCCGAAAAAGAUGGAGUGAGGCGCGACACCAGUCGAGCGAAGGACGACGGUGGCGGGGGGGAGAGGGUGCACGGCGCGCGUUCGCCACAGGCGCAUGGAGUUUUCCGUUUCAUCCUUUCGUUUUUCCGCGUUCAGGAUUUCUUCGCCGAUACCGUCCAAACUCUCUUUCUUAUGCUUGGACGGGUUGCCCGUUUUCCUUUGAUUCGUUUUCACGCGCGCUUUUGCCGGCUUGCCUUCCUUUUCUUCUUUGUUUCAGAGUCUCGGAGGUUCCACUCGCGCUGUGCGGAAUUCUCCUGGGACUUGGCUUCUGUUCGCUUGUUGAAAUUUGCAUUUCUUCUAUCUGGAUUUGUCGCUAUUCCGCAAACUGCCGAGUAGCCAUUCGGCGGUGUGUACAUACACCUGACUCCGUGGCGGUUCGCUCCAGUCUCGCCCGCUUACCAGCCAGUUUUCCGGUGCAGAAAGGCGCCCGCUCCCAAGCGUUGGCCCUCGCUGUUUCGUUGCUUUCCCCAUUCAACCUCAUCGCUCUCUUUUUUCUGCUUUAGCGUCAAGCGAGUAAGGGAGAACGCUUCUACGCCGGACCGGUCACCGCUUCUGGAGGCCCGGCCUCUCGCGUUUCCCCGUUUUUUGCCGCGCAUGUUCACGAUGGUGCUCCCGAGACACAUACGUCUGAAUGGGAGUUUGCGUGGACAGACGAAAUCCUCGAAUUCAACGGUGCGCUCCUGAAUGGAACGGUACGCGCUUCGCUCGCCUUUCGACGCUACCCCCCAUCCGAAGAGAAUACGCGCAGAACUGAUGACGUAAGUCCGGACAAGACGCAGCUUGUGGGUGAGUCGCGUUUUGGCUCUCGCAACCCUGCAGGUCGUUGACCAUCGCGUCGUCUGUUUUCCGCUGUGCAUAUUCGCCGUCACCGCACCAUGAACAUGCUUCAGACUUCUUCUUGGCGCUGUGUGCGCGAGAGAGAGGCGCCAAAAGCCGCGACUUCUUCUGCCCGUUGCGCUCGCCACCCAACUCCCGACUGCUCCGCCGUCGCUCUCGCCUUGUCUGCAUGCUCUGCCUUUUCUUCGCGUUCGUCGAAGACUCCGUGCUGCCCUCACGCAUCUGUCGCGCUCACCCGGAAAAACCAGUUCUCGCUUCACUCUCAGUUCUCAGCCUCGCGGCUGUCUCCUCCAGGAACUCGGCGUUCCUUUCUGCUCGCUCUCUGCUUCCUGUUCCUCUUCGGUGCAAGACGGUGUGUCUCCUCUCCGUCUCCAGUCGACGUCACAGCCACUGCGCCUUCGCCCUCUCCUCCCGCUUCUCCUGCCGCAGGAGCGGUGCGUGACGACCAAGAGAGAGUCCUUCCCUCGGUGGACAGAGGUUUGGUCGAGCUGCUCGCGGCGUAUCGCAGUGCGGAAGAGAAGAGGGAACUGUCUGCGGCCGACCGAGACGCUCUGUUUUCGCUGCUUAUCGAGGUCGCGGAUGCAAAUCGCGAUGCGAGGCAUCCGCCUUCUUCCGAGCACGACUUCCGCGCCUCGUUUCAGGGGGAGACUGGGUUCGGAAGUCUAGAGCGAGGCGGCUCGAGGCCUCGCCAGCCUUCCUCUCCGCGGUUCCCUGAAGCCGCGCGGGGCGGCGACGACUGGCGAGGCUCCGGAGAGGAGGGACGAAGGAGCUGGGGGAGAGACGAAGAAGGAAAGGAACGCGAGAGGGAGGCGAGACGCGACGCAGGCAAGUCGACUUUCCCCGCUGCCCUCGUCUUUGUCUGCAUCUGCGUCUCGUCGCUGCUCGUGUUUGUUGUCGUGCGUUUGGAGACCAAGGCGAUGAUGCGGGGAGGCAAGCGAUCGAGGCCAACGAGAAAGUCGACUCGAACGGCGAGCACUGGGAGCGACGAAGGCGAAGAGAGCGACUCGCGCUGCCGAGAGGAAAAUGCGUCGUUGCGUGGUAGACGCGCUCACAGAGAAGCGACCGAACGAGAAGGGAACCUGUGCGGACUCUCCGCGGCUGCUCACGGCAGCCUCAGACGCAGACGACUGUCGCAGGACCGGGAAGAGUGCGAGCGUCAGGAAGCCAGAGUCGGCGGGUGUAUGCACACCAACGCGGUGCGGAUCACGUACCCACUGCGCUCCACCUUCUCAGACAUUGAGGAGGAGCGGUCUAUGUCGGUCAGCGGAAGCGAGAGAGGGAGUUCUUCUGAUUGGGGAAGGCAACUCGGCGUCCGGAGAGUCCCAGGCGCAGCGUCGGGUGCAGGAGAGAACGAACGCGAAACAACGCCAGGCUUUGCCAAGAAACGCGGCGCUGGCUUGACAGGCCAGGAACCUUUUCCAGACCAAGCUGACGGACCCUUUGCUGCGAGUGGGCAACCUCCGCGUCCGACCGCUCAGGUGGAAGAGAAGCAGCAGACUUACGAGGACCUUUGCACACAGUUGUUUUGCCGCCUUGCCGCUCUCGUCCCUGCGAGCGACCCUUACCCAGCCUCGCAGGCGAAGAAGGCUCCCGAGAAAGAGACAGAGGGAGACAGUGAGGACAACGGAGACUCGAGCGCAGAGGGUGCGGGUGGGGAGAAAGGAGACAAGGCUGGGGCAGAAGAGGACACUUGGAGGGGCGAAGCUGCCAAGAGAGAAGCAGGGGAGGUUCUGAGUGCGAUUGAUCGAAUGCUGAAAGACAUCGAGAAGGAUUUCAGUACGAAUCGAGCAGCACUCGUGACUUGCAUGAUUCGAUGCUGCAACACACUUCUUCGUCUGGAUGGCCUCACGCUCCUCAGUCGAUGCAGAAACGAAGUUGAGUUGCGCGACAGGGCGCAGAAAGUGAUCGAAACGGUCGUUCCCUGCAUCUGGUCGUCGUAGAAAGGCGAAGGACGGAUCGACAAGGAAGCCGAGCGCCCGCGCAUGUGCGUCAUGGCCUUCUGUUGAGAUGGCGAGGGCGCAAAGACGCACUGCCGAGAUCAGAAGUUGUGUGGGGAGGCCCUGAGAGACAGGGCGGUGGUCGGGGCUCUCGUCUCCGCAGCAAAAAGGCUGAGGAGUCGAAAAGGACGAGAGACACCGUCGCGUGCGGUGGGGAACCUAAGGCAGGGCAAGGCAAACUGUCUCCCUGGAGAGACUCUCUUCUCUCUCCUGGUUUUUGUACAGAGGGCACAGACCCAAGGACAGGACAGGAAUCGGCUCUGAUGCGGGGAUUUCACUGCUGCACGGCGCAUUCGCCCCUGUCUCGCGCUUCGUCGCACGGAAACUUCAGAUGCUCCUCUUCCGUGUCUGUGCAUCGCAUAAAUGCAAUUUUCAGAGAUAAAGCAUACAGCCGAGGAACUAGGUAUGUCGACCAUCCUCCUGUUUGUGCAUGUUCCUUUUGUAUUUUUGGGGAAGCAAAGGACGCUUCAGCGCCUUGUGAGUGGGAAAGGCGUCGUACCAUUCACCUCGUUGCGCGAGUGUGUCGUCGGCAACGAACCUCCCGCUUCUGCGAGAGACGUUUCCACGCCCCAAAGAGAGCGAAACCAUUUUUUUCUCCACCUGCACACACCCCGUUCUGCGACUGCGGCCGCAUGCGCUGUCUCCCCGCGGCGUGUCUGGUGAGACGAAGUGAAGAACCCAGCGGCUAUUGCGCCUUCAAAGAUUCACCGCUCGUACCGCAUGCAGAAAACAGUGCGUUAAUUUCCCUAAAACUCAAGAGAAAGUGGAAACACAGGUCACAAAGAAGGAAUGCCCGCAGACCGCUGGAGGUGCAGAGCAAACCUACAGCGAAUGUUGGCGUAGGUGCAAAACAGCUACACUCUUUCAGGAAGACGCAGAAGAACAGGAGGAAGAGUGGCGGAGGCAGAUGUCCGCAGGGAAACAUACGGGUGAACUUUUGCAAAGUUGCUUCCCAACCUCUGGGUUCGGGCGCCUAUGCUUUCGUACUAGAAGAAAAGUUAAUAUUUUGCGAAUGAACUUUGGCAAAAUACUCAAAAACAUCUGGACGUUUUCACCCUUUAUGCUGCGCAGAGGAAUCAGAAUGUGCGACCCACUGCAGAGGAAGUGAAGUGCAAUCAAUAAUAGUAAAUGGCUUGACUGUGAAGGGAACGCAAAAACACAAGUCGACAUGGAAAUGUGCCUGUAUGCUGCUGCCCCUUUACGCAGCACAAAAGCAACGUAUAUUUAUCGAAAUGGAAAUGUGCGAACGUCUUGCUGUCUCCGUUGGUUUACCAAUUCUGAUGCGGGAGAAAUUUGGGACUUUGAUUUUUCAACACUACGCGCCUGCUUCCUAAAUUUCUUCGACGCUCUGGGUGCGCUCGGUGUGCUCACCGCUGCUCACGUGAAGGACACAGAGUGGGCACACAACGCCUUUUUCUCGGGUG